AUGGAGCUUCAACAGAUGGACGUGAAGACAGAUUUUCUUCACGGGUACUUAGAUGAAACGAUCUACAUGGAGCAACCAGAGGGAUAUGUGGAUGAGAAGCAUCCUGAUAAAGUGUGUCUUCUUCAGAGAUCAUUAUAUGGUCUAAAGCAGUCUCCACGACAGUGGAAUACCAGAUUCGAUAGUUUCAUGCAAUCUCAUGGUUACAGAAGGAGCGAGUAUGACAGUUGUGUAUACUUCAAGGAGCUUCACAGGGGUGAAUACAUAUACUUACUCUUGUAUGUAGAUGAUAUUCUGAUAGCUUCAAAGGAUAAGAAGUAUGUAUUGGAGCUAAAGGCAUUGCUCAGCUCAGAAUUUGAGAUGAAAGACUUGGGAGAAGCAAAGAAGAUUCUGGGAAUGGAGAUUACCAGAGACAGAGUGAAAGGCACGUUGACGAUAUCCCAAGAAAGGCACGUUGAUCAGAUCAUUAUAUGGUCUAAAGCAGUCUCCACGACAGUGGAAUACCAGAUUCGAUAG